AUGCUGUCGUUGAUGAUGAUGAUGGUGCUUCGUCGCCUUACGGUUGCUCGUGAAACACUGACUCGAGAGCAGCAAGCGGGAUUCCGGCCUCGUAGGCGUUAUCUUGACCAAAUCCUCACAUUCUGUCAGGUUCUAGGACAACCCCAUACGUAUAUGCGACCCACAAUUCUAGUAUUUCCGGAUUUUCGAGGUGCAUUCGACUCGGUUGAUCGGCCUGUUCUUUUCGACACUUUUGCUCACCAGGGAAUGUCUUGGAAGUUUGUGAACAUGAUACAUUGUUCGUUUUCUCAAACUUUUGGACGAGAUCAUCUUAUUACGAGUUUGGCUACACCCUUGUCCAACAAGUUGGAUGAGUGGCGACGCGCACUUAUCCAGCUGGAGAAGGAUAGGGCCCGCCAAAUUAAGCGAGCGCGGGCCGACCUGAAGCGAGCGGUGUCGGAAGCCGACCGCUGGCAAAAGAAAGCGGCCAAGUGUGGUUCCAGCGAACUUGGACCCGGUGUGGGCCACGGAGUCUUGCCUUCUUCCAACCUAUCUAUAUCAAGCUCCAAGGCAAGCGUCAUCGCCACUCAGGCUGCUAAUGCACUGCGUGAAGUACGGUUGAAGACGGAAGUGUUGGAGUCCACGGAAAAGGCCUCUGUUCGAGGCUUGAUGCUAGAGGAACGGGGUCGCUUUUGUUUCUUUCUGUCCUGCCUGCUACCACUACUGGAACUCAUGCAGCCCCUUUCUAAAGCGAUGAGCAAUCCAGAUCAGUUGAUGGACGAGGCCGAAGCUAUUCUUUUCCGCACAGGUCGUGAAAACCUAUCCAAUUUAUCACGUCUGAGCAGCACCAAAGGUUCAAUUUACAGCUCUGACGGUGACCACGGCAGUCGUUUGAUUGCUGCUGCUACAGCUGCUCUAUAUGCGGAUUACGACCGGGCCAAUGCAGGUUCUAGUGAUGAUACAGACUCUGGGCGUCUCACCAUGGAAACAAGCCCUAUGGAAUUGAAAAUAGAUGAUCAGCUGGAUGGGUGCAGCCUUUCGUCAGUAACCCAGUCGCCGCCUGGGGAUAGUGUGUUCUUCAACAACCCUCCAGUCACAUCAAUUCCUCUCCAAAGCAACUAUAACAAUUAUGGAUACAAUACAACUGGCGAUGCUACUUCGGCGUGUGAAAUAAACUCUCAUGCUGGUGAUUGUGAGGCGAUCCCGGUGAAUCAACGCUCCCAACUCCCCCACGGUUUUUCGAUCGUGCCCAACGCGACCGGUUAUUCCUUCAAUGCGUCUGGACAUGUGAUAGGUCAGAGAAAAACAAGCAUACCUGGAAUGGCAACCAGUAACCCGUUGGUCACCUCAUACCACUUGUCCCGUUGUUCCCCGCAACAACCAGAUACGACGCUUUGUCGACCUGGUCAUUGCCGUAGUUCUAGUAUGGGUGACCCGAAGCUUGGCUCACAGAUGGACUCGUCGCAAGCACUGCUGGAUGAAACAGUGGUUGAUGGUCGGCCAGUUGCAUUUAGUGUUAAUCGCCCAGUGGUCAGUCCGAAUUGGCUUCGUAACUGCGAUGAGACUGACAGUGAUUCUGAUGCAGAUGAAGAGGGUGGCCAUGUGUCAGGUUUCAUGCAGUCUUCUGCACAAGCUACUCCGGUUGAAGAUGAGGGUGGGGAGUAUGUGGCCGUACAAGAAGAGGUCAACAGAUGCGGUUUAACACAGGCUUCUAGUACCCUAACCGCCGAGGCCUUACUGAACAAAGAUGCAGGAGGCCUAAAUUCCGGGCGACACACAAUCAGCUCAGCCUAUGAACGUGGUGCCACCGCCAAUGUUCGCGGAUCUAUUAACAAUUUAUCAUUUAAUCCACCCAUCGGCAAAUCUUCUUCCAAAGAUAGCGGGGUCGAUUCGUCUACAGUACUGUAUCCGAAUCAGGUUCUUCCACCUCCCGUCUACACGAACCUUCCACAACUGGCCCACGCAGCUCAGCGCAAGUUUUCAAUGUCUCACAUUCCACCUGCGAUGGAUUCACUUCCGUCAAGUCCAAGCCGGAUGGCAGUGUGUGAGGAAAAGCUAUCAGAUUCUCUCACUUCUGCCCACUUGGUCGAAACCUCACAGUCGAAUAUCGUCAGUGCUCGACAGUCUGCAAUACACCAGUCGGUGAACGAACUGUCCAACGUUCGCUGUACUCCUCAACACUUGGUGAACAUGUCGCCAGGGAACCCCUCGGCUCACAAACGUACGUCAGUCCUAUCUGCAUCUGGCACUGGGUCAAGACCCUGCUCGAAUGGAAUUGAUCCAUUUAGUGUUGAGUUGGACGAGCUCGAUAGACUUGGGGGUACAGGUUCGAGCUGUGCUUCCUCUCUGACCAUGGCUAGUUCGACAACGAGUGAGUCGCAGCCGAGCGCUAACGGAAAGACAGCUGUUAUGAACAGCAACAACAACAACGCCCCAAACAGUAACAGUCACGCGCCACGUCGACCCGGUUCUACGUACGAUGCCCAAUGGCCCGAUCAUUGUGCACUAUCUCAGCACGAGGUUCGUAAUGGAUAUGUUGGUUCAUCAAGUGGAUGGUCGGGCACGCACCAUAUGGCUUGUGGUACUGUAGGUGCUGAAGCUGACAACCAGAGAGGACCUCCGGGACAAAGCAAUUCUGAUCGAGCUCGACUUGGUGACACUCCGCUUUCGAACGAAACGGCGAAUCUCAUGUCAGAACUUUCAUCACAGCUCCAGCAGUUAGCCAAUCGCACUGUCCAAGACCCCGUUAUGAGCCCACCCCCGGAACAGCAUUCGUCCAGGCGGACUGAGGAUGGAUUUGAGCUACCUCCACCACCUUCUCCUUCAAUGUUUCAAACGAAUCCCGUCGUGUUCGAGGCUUCGAGUGCAGCCACCACAGAGGCGCUUAUGACGGCACUGAAACAAAGCGUUGGAGAACGCGCGGCUCGUAUGGCCGCUUCGCAUGAAACACCAGCACCCCCUAACUAGCAAUGACUGUUGUACAGCGCUCCUGGUAUCUUUGUUGCCCAACAGACCCUCUGCAGAGCACCGAGACUAAUGUAAAUAUCUCUUUGUUAUCGAGCGUGUGGAACCUUUGAGCCUUGCACACAGUAUUGUGGCGACGGUAUUUUAAUGUAACUCGCACUUCUCACGCAUACACUUUCAAAGUUACUCAACCGCUUCCGAAGUAUCUAGCAUGGUGUUCUCUUUUGACGCUUAUUCGUUCUUUCCUCUAUUGACCAUCAGAAGUAUUCCCACCUGAUCCAUUUAUUUGACCAGCCAUGCGUCCCACUAUUGCUGUUUGUAUAUUGUAUUUCUUACAACCCAACCUCGACCUGCUUGACUUGCCAAUAUAUCUGUCAUCCAUAGUCGAUAAUAAAUGAAUUC